AAGCCUAUGCUGCUGCUGUGUUCUGAAAGCAUUUAGUUGUUAAUCUCUAUCUGCCACAUUUGAAAACGUUUCUUUUCGCUGUCAGUUGUAAACGUUUCCGUCAUGGGUUUACUGGAGCAGUGUGAGGAGCUCUUCAAGACCUCUAAUCUGUAUGAAGUUGUGGGUGUUUGCAAAGAAGCAUCUGACUCCGAGAUUAGACGCGGCUAUUAUAAAGUCUCUCUGCAGGUUCAUCCAGAUAGAGCUCCUGGUGAUGAGUUAGCCACCACCAAGUUUCAGGUCUUGGGAAAGGUUUAUGCAGUGUUGGCUGACAAGGACCAAAGGGCGGUCUAUGACGAACAGGGAAUAGUGGAUGAAGAGUCAGACUCCCUUGAUCAAGAUCGCAAUUGGGAGGAGCACUGGAGAAGAUUGUUUCCCAAGAUCACAUUGCAAGAGAUCUUGGACUUUGAGAAGCAGUAUAAAGGCUCUGAUGAAGAGGUAGAAGACUUAAAGAGACUGUACCUACAACAUGAAGGUGACAUGGAUCUGGUCAUGGAGUCCGCCUUGUGCUGUACUUCUGAAGAUGAGCCACGUGUCCGAGAUGUACUACAGCAAGCCAUUGAUGCUGAAGAGGUGCCGGCCUACCAAGCCUUCACUCACGAGAGUGUCAAAAAGAAGAACAACCGCAAAAGAAAGGCAGAAAAAGAGCGCAAGGAGGCAGAGGAAAUGCAGAAGGAGAUGGGCUUGAACAGUGAGGACAGCCUGGUAGCUAUGAUAAAGCAAAGACAAAAGUCCAAAGAAAGUGGAUUCAACUCUCUCAUCUCAGAUCUGGAGGCUAAAUAUUGCAAGAAACCAGCAGCAGGAAAGAAGGGCAAGAAAAAGUAGUUUCACCAGACUGGGCUAUUUCUACCAAAUGUUAUCAUUUAUCUUGUGAUCUAAUCUAGAAAUGUACAUAAUAAUCAAAGGACACUUUAUAAUGGAUACUGACCAUUUGAUAGCCAUAAGACACCUGAAUAAUAACAGUUAACACACACACUCUCAUCCAUUUAUUCCAGUGCAUUAGAUUAGUGUGAAUCUGCUCUGUGUUUUCAUGCUCAUACCAGCUUGUGAAACAAA